AUAAUGUAAAUAAUGUUGGCCUUGGUACUUGUGACGCCAGUGACGGUUUAUUUACUAACAGAAAACCACGAAAUUUAAAGACCAGUGAGAAAUAAAUUAAGACAGGCUCGAGUAACAUUAACAACGGAAGAUAUAAAAGAAUGUAACUAAUCAACGAAUAAAAAUUGUACUUACUAGUAGAUCUGAAGUGACAGCAGGUGGAAAUGAGUUGUAUAGACAGAACACUGGAGGACGUGAAGAAGUUAAUUCACCAUGCCAAGCUAACAGAAGAUGAACUGCUCCCUGCUACACAAAUGCUGGAAUUUUCAUCAGACUUUGGGGACGACAAAGAUGAGGUGGUGUUGCUGGAACUGGACCCUAAACUACUGGACAGUAUCAAAGAGGAGAGUGCUGUGUUGCGAGGCGAGCCAGAGGAAGGAGCCAUGUUAUGUACCAAAAGCAAAACAUAUGAAGUGCGAUAUGCUGAAACAUCAAAUUCUAUGGUGUUGAUACCGAACCUGACCACACCCAGUAGAGAGGACACAGGGGAACGAACACUGCAUAGCCGGCAGGUGUGUGGCAUCCACUAUACCUUUCUGGAGGUCCGACCGUGUAAGCCUCGUGUCCAGAAGCUACGCCAGUUGUUAGAAGAACAGCCGUACUCAGGCCAACAGGAGAAAAACCAAGAUGGCAAAGACAAUAGGUACACAUUGAGUGACCUACUGGACAGAGUUCAGUGCAGUGAGGAGGAGCUGGACAAAGCUUUGCAGGAGGUGGAAGCUUAUCAUUUGUAUGGAUUUUGGCAACUAUUGGAAUUUGAUUACCAUUUCAAAGUGGUCUCACACAUCCUCGCUUUGAUUGAGUCAAAGUCAUGGCCAUUAGACGGAAUUCCUCGUAUGGAAGCCAUCAAGGCACUGAGUGAACUUGAGCCUCUCACUAUUAUGAUGCAGUGCUUUGAUUAUUACCUCAAGCCCACAGACAAAGAUACAGAUGAGGGAGAUACACUGUACACACUACAUGAUGAUAAGGUCUGUCGUCUCUGUGCUGAAGUUUUGUUGAAGUCCGCAGAUAAAUACAACUUUACGGAGUUCCUCAAUAUUUGGCAACAGAGUGUUCCUGAAGGGUUAACAACGAGUCUGAGCCAACUUGAAGGACUUGCACUGGUGGACCGCUCAGCAACUUCAGAUGCCAUCUUCUACUUCCCUGUCACUAGUCUUCCACACGACAUACAAAAGAGAUUCAACCUCCUCUUUGAGACCAGAGAAAAAUGGUCUUUUGAGGAAAUCAGGCCUUAUGUAGAAGACUUGGCUGGAGACAAGACACCUGUAAGUGCCCUGUUAACAAAGUAUGCUCGAGGUUCAACAGUGAAUGGCAUCAAAUAUUACUCUGGAAAGCAUGCAAGAUAAAUUUUUCAUAAUCUAAUUAAUUUCAGCAAUAAAUGUAUAGUGUUUCUAUUGUAUUAUUAUAAUCUUUACUGGUCACUGAAUGACGUUCAUAUUCUUUCCUCAUUAUUGUUUCUCUGGAGGAAUCGUCAGAAGAGAUUUUACUAACAGCAAAUGAAAUCAUAAAACAUUGCAUAUUUUCAUUUCUUUAAAACGUACUACUAAUAAAUAGCCAUUAACCGGUUACAGAAAUACAUUUUAACAUUUAUCAUUUCAUUGUGUAGCAAAUCCACAAAACGCCAAGUACCAUACAGUAUUUUCUUUAUUUAACGAACUUCAGUAGAACCUCGAUAAAUAGGACUAAUUGGGGCAGACCCGUCCGAAAAAGUGAAUAUAGGGGGGGUAGGGGGCACCCUCAAGACCUGGCUUGCCCCUCCCAAGGGCUGUCUUGCUCUCCAAGGAAAAUGUUUUGUCUUAAUAAAAUUAAAAAGCAA